AGCUACCAAACAAACAUCUCGAACACAAUGGCAUCCAACCCACCAGGCAAAUGUUGCUCCAUUGGCGUUAAGCACGAAGGCGAGGCCAAGGGCGAGCUGAAGGACAUUGGCAACAUCAACACUUAUUUCAGCUACCCUGAGUCCAGGGACACAUCCCACGGCAUCCUCCUCCUACCGGAUGUGCUCGGGCAGAAGUUUAUCAACGUCCAACUCAUCGCAGACCAGUUCGCCGCUAAUGGCUACUUCACGGUCGUCCCUGACCUGUUUGAGGGCGAUCCAGUCUCGCUCAACCCACCUGAGGGCUUCGACAUCAUGAAGUGGCUCACGACCUCUGGGCCUUCCGGUGGACAUACGUACAAGCAGGUUGAUCCCAUCGUCGAGGCUGUCAUCAAGGAGAUGAAGACCAACUUAGGCGUGAAGAAGCUGGGAUCUGUAGGUUAUUGUUUCGGUGCCAAAUACGUUGCUCGCUUCAUGACUGGCGGCAAGGGCAUUGAUGUCGGAUUCAUGGCACAUCCGUCGUUUGUCGAGGAGGAUGAAAUCAAGGCGCUAACCGGACCUCUGUCCAUCGCCGCUGCGGAAACCGACCAGAUCUUCCCGGCCGAGAAGCGAAGAGCCACUGAGGAUAUUCUUAAGGGUAUGAAGAUCCCAUACCAGAUUUCUCUGUACUCGGACGUCGAGCACGGCUUUGCAGUCCGAGCAGACGUUUCGAAGAAGCCGAACAAGUUUGCGAAGGAGGCUGCUUUCCUGCAAGCUGUCGCUUGGUUCGAUGAGUUCCUCAAGGGCGAGCGAAGCUGGGCUGCGUAA